UCUGAAAUGAUAGUAUUGGAAACAACAGCUAAUCAUGAAACAUGUGCAAUUGAUUUUUGUCAUUGACAAUACAAUCUGAUCAAGUUAACGAGUAAAGUUGGUAAAACAAUUGAUUUUACUUUAUACAUUUAUGCAUUUGUGUUCAUAUUUUUUGGUAAAUAGCUUUUUUGGUUAAAAUGAAACUGUAAAUGUUCAAAACGUUACAUUUCUAGUGUUAUUAGGAAUCAUGGAUUUAAGUGAUCUUCUUGGUUACAGUCCACAAUGUGCAACACCAACGAUCUUUGGAGCAAACUUUGAGUUUAGCGAGUCAACUCAAGGCCAUCAAUCUUCAAUCACAUCAAGUGAUCACAUUAAAAUGAAUGUUUUCCAAGCUCUCUCACCCAGUGAAGAUACCAUCAAAAGUUACCUGAUUAACGAGGAUGACUCUUCAAGUUUACCUAAACAAUCGUGCAUGUCUGACGAUGGUUGCUCUACUUUACUCAAUUCAAUGUCCAAUGGAUUUUACGCUGAAGGAACGGGUCAAAAUCUUUACGAAUCAAAUGCACAACAAACAAAUUCAACUCCAACUUUCAAUUCCAACAAUGACAACUUUCUUAGUUUACCAGCUCUGGCUUAUUACAACAGUGACCAUCAAACAUAUCAACGUGAAGUGACCGAAGAGUAUGCACAUCGUAAGGCAAGUUUCAUGUAUCUAUUGAGACGAGGAUACAAGUUGAUGAUUAGAUUGAAUACAAACAAUUCGGAAACUCUUGAACCAUGGAAUCGAUCUGUUGCCCAGAAAUUAAUGUCUGUCCAAUUUACACCGCUAAGCUUACGAACUGAAUAUUUGUCCACUCAACAUUCUCUGGACCAGUUUGAAACUUUGGUUCUCAAUGAGGCAACUGAAGCUUUCAAAGUGACAAAAGGCUUUAAAUUGGGUUCAUCGUUGAUCGACAAGAUUGCUAAUCCAACUCCAGCUCAGCUUGUUUCAACAUGCAACAAAAUCAAAGGCUACAGAAAACUGGUAAACUGUGAUAAAAUUAGUUUACUCAUCAAUGGAUUUUAUGAAAUGAAUUUAAUCAGAGGUAUUGUUGGUUAUAAUCGAUUAACCGAUGGAUGGCAAAGCUCAGAGACCAACUUUGCAUUUGAUAGACGCGAUGUUUUCCUGUUUAGUCAAUCAUUACACAACGAUUUUGUUCAUAUUAUUGAAUCUUUUCCUGAUAAAUGGAGAAAUGAUCAAAAGGCUUUGGCUCUCAUCUAUUUAAUCGUCAUUUUCAAUGCAGAACUACGAGGACUGAAACACUUCGAACCCAUCAGACACGAACAAUACGUUUACAUCUAUUUACUUGAACGUUACUUGAAAUCAAUAAGUCAAUCGACCUGUGAAGCCUCAGAUGAUCAUUACAGAAUAAUGGUCAAGAUUCAACAAGUAAGAGGCAUGAGGGGAUUUUUGAAACAACUGAUUGAUACAGUAUCAAUUGAUUAUUCAAAUUCAUUGCGAUUCUUCAUUACCAAUGCAGUUAAUAAUAAAAUUUCAUGACGAAAAUCUGUAACGAUCUAUCACUAUUGUAAAAAUUCUCACCCUAACUUCAUUUACAUUUUAUUCAACUUUGGUAGACUUUUUAAGUCAAAUUUUAUGCCUAAUACUGUUCAACACAUUUUACACUCAACUUUUGAUUGACUCAAUUUUAAUGGUAUUUAGCAUUGUGCUUUUGAUUUCCAUGUUCGAUUUCUGUUGGAUCAAAUUUCAUUGAUAUCGAAAUGUAAACUACUCCAAAUGAUCGAAUGCAAAGCAAAUAAAAAGUUUGUUUGUUUAAAAUUUUCUCAAUCACAA